UUAUAGGUUCCUAAUAGUGGAUUCUAUGAAAAGGUACAAACCACUCCCGUCUAGGAUGCACACUGCUCCUACAGCUUCCUCUCACUACACGUCUGUUCCUCCCACAAAAAGUGCUUCCAACUUGAAAGAACUAUUAAGACUGAUUGACUGGCCUGAGCCGCCAUCCCCUGUGAUACACUAUGAUCUAUCUACCAGCCCCGGACACUGUGAUUACCAUCUGCUGAAUGCACGGGACACGUACAGGAUUGGGGAGAUGUUGAAGGUGCUCAUCACAGCUCGGGACCACCAUGGUCGGCCAAAGGAAUACGGUGGAGAUUACUUCCGAGCCAAGCUGCACUCUCCGGCACUGAAGGCUGGAGUGACUGGACACGUAAAGGACCACGGUAAUGGCAGCUAUCUGGCCACGUUCCUCCUCCCAUGGCCAGGGAGAGCAGAGGUGCAAAUCCGGCUCAUUCACUCCAGUGAGGCGGUGGCUGUUUUGAAGAAGAAGAGGGAGAGCCAUCCAGAGAAGGUCUAUUUCUACGGAUACUUCCAAUUUAACGGUAUCAGUGAGACGGUGGAGUGUAACCUGGAAGUGGCGGGAAAGGACGUGUGCACAUACAGGGACCCCGUCUCCGGUGACACGUGGCAGUGUGUGCGACCACGGAAGCUGCCGUGUGACUCCUGGGUCUAUCAUUCCAUGGGUGGAUACCGCAGAGUGACGGAUAAAUUAGAGGACUCUCUGCUGAGUGGCCCUGUCACGGACACGGUUAUCUCUGGCAAAGUUUCUCCAAUCAAUGUCAUCUCAGAUAACAUCUCAGUGGGAUUUGGGUGCAACCCAGUCUCCCAGGACUUCCAGCAAAGACCAAAUCCAAAGAGUGCCAUCCGAAUCUCAGUGUCUCCAGUGAACCAAGCUUCAACCUCACAGAAUUCAUCUGACGUUCCAUCUUCAGAUUAUUUCGAUGGAGAUUUAGCACAAUACUGGGCACUGGUUGACUGGUAUCUUACCAUGAUGGAGACUGAUCCUUCUCUUGGAAUUACUCCCUGGAAACUGAGUGUGAUUAACAUAUUUGGCUCAUGUUCCCAUCAGUCUUCAAGGAAUCCAUCCAUUCCAGUGGAGGACCCACAUGCCAUUGCCUUCGGUCGUGAAGACCAGCCUGCCCUUGCCUUCGAGUGUGAGGACCCACCAGCCCUUGCCUUUGGGCAUGAGGAUAUAUCUGCCCUUGUCUUUGGGCAUGAAGAUCUGAGUUCUGCCCUUGCCUCUGGGCUUUGCCACUGUCUUAAGUGCCGCCCCGCUGGCUACCAAUGUUUUGAGUAUCGCCUUGUUGACCACCUGUCAAAGUGCUUUAAUGCAAUACUACUACAGCAGCACACAGGCAGCGAUGAUCGGAUCGCCUGCUGGCAAUCGCUGCCUGUGCUGUUAGUUACACCCCCUCCCGCUGCAGCGGUCAGACUCACAGACUGUGGGUGGCUGGCCGCACAGCCCACCUGCCGUCAUGCGCCAAUGUCACACUGCACGGCCUCCCUCUCUUCCUUCCCGGCCGCCCUGCGCUGUCCUCCCGUCCGGGCUCUCUGUCUCUCCUCUCCAUGUGUGACCUGCCCUGCCAUUGCUGACACACCCCAGGAGCCUAGGACUCUGAGCCGCUGCUGGAGCAGGUGGGAGCCCCCGGCUCUUCUUCCCUGCCGCCGAUGGAGCGCCACCGGGCGCCCAUGUGGGGUGUGCCUAGCUCUUGUCCCUGCCGCCACCAGAGCCCCACCAGACGUCCACGUGUGGUGCACCCUGCACUUGUCACUGCUGCCGGCGGAGCCCCUGUAUCUGCCGCAGCAGACUGAACUCACCUUCAAUCUCUCGGCCUGCAGACCUGGCCAGGAAUCUACACAGCCUUCUGGCUUUUAUUACGGAGACAACUGGAGAUCCUUAACUUGUCUGGGGCGACAUUUUCCUCAGCCAUCCAAUGCUCUUGCCUGUCUGAAGGGGAAGGAAAUCCACAUGUUUGGAGACUCCACUCUACGCCAGUGGUUUGAGUAUUUGGAGAGAUUCAUACCCAGUCUGAAGAGGAUAGACUUGCAUGUUAAUUAUCAGUCGGGACCUCUGCUAGCUGUGGAUGCUACUGCUGGUUUUGCCAUGAGAUGGAGGGCCCAUGGGCUUCCUUUGAGGACCACCAAGACUAUGGUGUCUGACCUGCACUAUGAGAAAGCCCACUUGGCUGGCAUCAGUGGAGGACCUCAUACAGUCAUCGUAAUGACCCUAUGUGCCCACUUCACCACCUACCCUGUGCGAGUCUAUUUAGAAAGAUUGGACCGGGUCCGGAAGGCAAUUGCAUCUUUACUUUUCCGUAGCCCUCAGACCACUGUGAUAAUUAAAUCGGCCAACACAGGUUACAAGUCAAUUUAUGGCAGCGACUGGUUAUCUCUUCAUCUUGAUAUCUUACUGAAGGCAACCUUCAAGGGAAUGGCUGUCACUUUCCUGGAUGUCUGGGACAUGACCUCCUGUCACUAUCUCCCUGACGACAUCCACCCGGGGCCUCCAGUCAUCAGGAAUGAGGUGGACCUUAUGUUGUCCUACAUAUGUCCACAGUGAGGGACAGGACACUACUCAGUUACUAGUGAAUACAUGCUACCAUCCUGUGGUCUGGAAUGGACAUCUGGUGACCAUGAGAUGCCAACCAGUUUAUACCAAGGUGCCUAUUUAUCAAUGAAUGAUAAAAUAAAUGAUGAAACUUAUUGUGAUUGAUUAAACUCAUUGCUUAUGAUAAAUGGUGCUUCAGCCAAUCUGCUCCCAACUGUCAUUUUUUCAAACACGACAGUUAGGAGCUGAACACAUGACAGUUGGGAGCUGAACACAUGACAGUUAGGAGCUGAACACAUGGCAGUUAGUAGCUGAACACAUGGCAGUUGGGAGCUGAACACAUGAUAGUUGGGAGCUGAACACAUGGCAGUUGGGAGCUGAACACAUGGCAGUUGGGAGCUGAACACAUGGCAGGUGGGAGCUGAACACAUGACAGUUGGGAGCUGAACACAUGGCAGUUGGGAGCUGAACACAUGGCAGUUGGGAGCUGAACACAUGACAGUUGGGAGCUGAACACAUGACAGUUGGCAGCUGAACACAUGACAGUUGGAAGCUGAAUGGCUGGAGCACCAUUUAUCAUAUGCAGUUUUAUCACUCAUUGAUAUAUGAACCCCCAAGAUUGGCAUUUUGGCAACAAUUGCACUUAAAACAUUACUCUGAUUUUAGACAAUUAAGUUACAUUAUUGUGGACAAAAUGUUUUUACCUGGUUACAUUUUAUUUAUUAAACUCUUUGGUUAUAAUGUA